CCGGAGUAAACCACCAGCAGGGAGAGAGAGUGUGUGUGUGUUUGAGUGUGUGUAUAUAUGUGCCAGAGGAUUAAAUACUAUUCUCAAAACUACACGUUUUUCAAGUCGAAAUGCAUCCGGUGAGGGUGUCGAUUCCGUCGUUUCGUUCAGAGAACAACUCGAUCGAGAGAGGAUACACGGUAUUUAAAAUUGACGUGUUGAUGAAUGGCCGACAGCACACGCUUGAGAAACGCUACAGCGAAUUCCACGCCUUGCAUAAAAUGCUGAAGAAGAGCAUAAAACCACCUGAGAUCCCUUCAAAGCAUGUUAGAAACUGGGUCCCCAAAGUCCUGGAGCAGAGGAGACAAGGUCUGGAGCUCUACCUGCAGACUGUAAUUAUGGAAAAUGAGGUUCUUCCAAAGAUAUUCCUGGAUUUCCUGAAUAUCCGCCACUUUCCUUCAGUGCCAAAAACAGAAAGCUGUGGGUCAUUUGAUACGGAAUCGGAGGAAUCCAGCAAACUUUCACAUCAGCCAGUCCUGCUGUUUCUGAGAGACCCCUACCUGCUGCCAUCUGCGCGUGAUGCAUUUUCUAACGUUGUGAUUGAAGGUGUGAUACAUGGAGUUUUCUACCCAGAUCUUCAACCAAGGUAGAGGGGUGCAGAGCUGAUAAGAGGAAAUACCUCUACAAACGGAUGCUUCAUAUUUUCACACCAUUUUAGGUGUGCAUCAGCAAGGACAUAACAUGUUAUAAUAAACUGAGCCUCAUUUAUAUUUCCCAAAGCUUAUAACAAAAAUCCAUACAUUUAAAAAAAAAAAAAAAAAAA